GCUGGAGGCUCUGUGCCGGGGGAAAGGCUCUGGCCGCUGCCGCUCCUCCUCUCGAGUAAGCCGCGGGGAGAACCAGGGAGCGCCGCCAUGAAGGGGCCUAGCUCAGAAGCACAGAUGGCGGAAAGCAAUGCAGAGGCAGCUGCUGAAGAACCACCUCCUUAUUUGCAGGAAGAACCUCCUGAAGACCUUAGAACUGACCGCCCACAGCAACAGUCUGGCAUGAUCUGGAGAGUGACAGGAGGCCUGUACAGCAUCACCCGAGGAGCCGUGGGGGCAACGCUGGGGGGAGUGGCUUGGGUUGGUAGCAAAGGCUUUCAGCUCACCAAAACAGCAGUGACCAGCGUCCCUACAGCCAGCGUUGGACUAGUAAAGGGCAGUGUCUCAGCAAUGACCAGUGGCGUGGGAGCUGUUGGCAGUGCAGUGGCCAGCAAAGUCCCUUUCACCACAAAGAAGAAGGACAAGGCAGACUAGACCCGUCCUUUUGACAGAUCACCUAGUCCCUGAUCUUCCUCACUGCAAUAUCAUUUUGUUUUGGAUCACAAACACACACAAGGGAGAGCAGACCUCCUAGCCAUGGCUGAGGUUCAGUUUUUUAGCUUGCAGCCCACAAUCACAACUAACCACAUUCAUGCACCAUCCCACAUAGGAGAACUUCGUUCACCCCAUGAGAGGCUAUGUAGGAGCUUCAAUUGUGAGCACUGUGCUCCAUCUCUUUGGACACACUAGACUGAAAACUCAAGCAUAGAGCUGUUUCCCCAGUAGGAGACACAAGUAUAAUCCUGGUAGAGGUGACCAAUGGUCACCUGGAGUUUCUUCUUUCCUUAAAGCCAUCAGUGAGUUGUGGGGUUUGGGAAGUGCUGUUUGGCAGAGGGGUCCACAUCCUUACCUGAGAGAGACAUGAGGCAGCA